UUUUUGUAUGUUAUUAUUUUAUUCCCUUUUUUUUUUUAAUUUCUUCAUUGUGAAGCGUGAAAACUACGUGCACUCCUUGCUGGGUGUUUGGUGCCUUCAGAAUAUUUAAUAGAAAGGCUUCAACGAUGCCUGAGAGGGGUUUUGUUUCUCUCGGAUAAAGUUGGCCGUACGCAGCUCGAUUUGAAGAAAAAGAUCAUUAUUUUCUUCCAAUUCUGGGGUGAUUCUCAUGAGAAAAGAUUCAAUACCGGCCUUCGAUGAUCGAUUGUUUAUCUGUGUUCUACAAAGACGAGAUGGCUGCUACACAAGUUUCUUCAGUAAAAUCACGAACAGCCUCAAGGAGUUUCACACGAGCUUUGGCUAAAGCUUUUUCUGAGUGGCUACUGAUUUUCAUGCUCUUUGUGAAUGCCAUAUUUUCCUACUUGAUCACAAAAUUUGCAGAUUAUUCUGAGCUCCAACAACCAUGUCUUCUGUGCUCAAGGCUCGAUCAUAUUCUGGGGAAGAAACGUCUGAAACAUCACUGGGACCUGAUUUGCUCAAAACACAAAUCCGAAAUCUCUUCCUUGGUUUACUGUCACGCACAUGACAAGCUCGUUGAUGUUCAUGGAAUGUGUGAAACUUGCCUUUUCUCAUUUGCUACAAUCAACAAGUCCAAUGCUGAAACUUACAGAUUAUUGGUUGGGAAGUUGGGUGAAAAUUCUUGCUUUGGUUUGAACAAUGAUUCUUCGCAUGGUUCGGUUUCUCCAAUCACAAGGCCUUGUACAUGUUGUAACCAGCCAUGGGUUCCACGAGCUUAUACUCAAGUGGCUGAACCAGAAGUGCCAAUCAAGAUUCCUUCAGUUGGGUAUCUGAGAUCCGAGAAAGAAGCAGUACAGGCGCGGGAUAUCCGCAAGAAAAAGGUCGGGUUUAAUCAUUUGCCGCAUGUCGGGUAUUCAGAGCUCAAGAUUCAUUCAGAUACCGAGUCUGAAGCUGUGUUUUCAGAUGAUGAAGAAGGAGCUGGUAUGUAUGAAGAGGAACAUCAUAUGUUUGAAACUGUGGAGCUGGAGUCUAGGGUUAUCACUUUGCCCUAUGAUUUGGCCACUGACAAGCUGAUAGACCCUUUUUCUGCUUCAGAGCCUUUGAUUUCAGUCGCCAUUGAAGAAACAGGCAAAAACGGGCAUGGCCUGGAGGAACUUAAAUUGCAAGAGACAGGUUUAACAAUGAAAUCUGCUUCAAACCCUCAUCUUAUCUCCCUUGAUGGCAUGCCUGGAACAUCAGACAAGGUCUUCCCCGAGAAAGAGCUCAUUUCCUUUAACGAUAUCCCUUUAACAUCAAAAGAAGAGAAAAGUCCUGCUAAACUUAGAAAAGAAAGAGAGCCAUCCUUUCCCCAUUAUAAUAACUCUUUAGCAGACUUUAUGGAACAUCCUGCAGAUGUCUCUUAUCAACUGGAAACCCAUGAAACUUCAAUGAGCAAGUUAACGGAGACCGAGUUUGUCUUGUUCAAUGAUGUGCCUUCUGCCCUGGAUGCUGGGGAAAUGCCCACCGAUGUCUUAAACAGGAUUGAAUGUAUAUCCCUUAAUGAUAGUCAGGCAGUGUCAAAUGUUGAAGGAGAGCGAGAGGUGUUAAAGGAGCUCACUUCGAAUGAAAUCGCUAAUGAGGUGUUGAAGGAGAGUGAGACAAAAGUGGCUGAUGAUAUCUAUACUGAUUCUGAAGCUACUAAGGAAAUCUCUCUUGAGGUGUCGAAGGAGAGUGAGACAAAACCGGCUAAUGAUAGCUAUGAGGCUUCUGAAGGUACAAACGAAACCUCUCUCGAGGCAUUGAAGGAGAGCGAGACAAAAGGGGGUAAUGAUAUCUAUGCGGGUUCUGAAGGUUAUAUCUGUGAAUCGAUGGAACCCAUUGCUGAAGUUCCAACCAUAAACUGUGAAGCAGGAACUGUUGAAAUUAAAGAGACAGAUACUGCAGAAAACAAUGAGCUUCACCUCGUCAGAGAUGAAAACAGCACAACCCAGUCAGCUACUGAAACAAUCCCAUCUUUGGUCCCUUCUGUAUCUGAAAUGCCUCCACAAGCAGUACCUUCUGUUACAGGAGCAGCUCUGGAGUCAAAGUCUUCUUCGGUCAACUCAACGUCAGUAGCAACAGAAUCAAACCCAUCUCGGAGAAAUUCUUUGUCACAAAGGAGUGAUUCAUUGGAUCUUUCUGAUGCCUACAAGAUUGCAUUAGGCAAUGCGGUCAAGCAGCAAAGUUCUGAGGUACAAACCGAGCAGUGUUCAGGAAAAGAUUCUUCUCGGAUUAGCGAAGACCUCAAAGCACUUCUGACGCAAAUAUCAGCUUCUCGUGGGAUUGAGUUGUUGUCACCUAGAGAUAUAAGCCCUAAGAUAUCAAUUAACAGUGAAGACAUGAAAAAUUUUGAUGAUAUGCAGUUGCUACUUCAGAAAAGACUACUCGAAAGGAACGAGAGCAACUUAUCGUUGGAUGGAGUCACUGUUAACGAAAUUGAGGGAGAAAGUGAGACCGAUCGAUUGAAGAGGCAGGUUGAUCAUGACAGGAAAAUGCUGACUGGUUUGUAUAAAGAACUGGAGGAAGAGAGAAGCGCCUCGGCAGUUGCUGCAAACCAAGCCAUGGCUAUGAUCACGAGGUUACAAGAAGACAAGGCAUCGUUCCAAAUGGAAGCCCUGCAGAAUCUGAGAAUGAUGGAAGAGCAAGCCGAAUAUGAUAUGGAAGCGUUACAGAAGUUGAGCGAUUUGCUCGCUGAGAGAGAAAAGGUAAUUCAAGAUUUAGAAGCUGAACUUGAGUUUUACAGGAGCCAGUCCCCAAGCACAUCAACAAUAGAAAAAGCUGCAGAACAUCAUGAAACAUCAAUGUUUUCAGAAAAGCCAGUUGAAUUUGAGAAAGAGAAUGUUGCAGAGAAGGCGUCUGAAGUGGAAUCGCCCCAUAAGAGAAUGAGCAACAUGAUACAGUAUUCAUUGUUAGGGUUCGAAGAUGAGAGAUUAUAUAUCACAGAUUGUCUGGAGAAGAUAGAGAAGAAGCUUCAUCUUUUCUCCAACCACGGGAUACACACCGACAUAUCAAAGGGAGAAUGUACAGUUGAAGGCGAGGAAGAAGCUAAUGACCUGAAACAUGUAAAUGGUGAGACUGACGACAAUCACCAACCAUCACAAGAAAAUGUCUCUUACCAAGAGAAAUCCAAAGAUAUGGGUUCGGUUGAAGAUGAGGUUUCUGAGCUGCAUGAGAGGCUCGAGAGGUUGAAGGGAGACUUGUACUUUCUAGAACAUGUGAUAAACUCCCUAGGGCAUGGGAACGAAGGCGUUCUCUUUGUCAAGGAAAUAGCUUCUCACUUGAAAAUGCUACGGAGUCUCAGCAUGCGAGAGCGAGAUGAGACUGUCAGUUGAAGAAUUGCUUGAAACUUUCUACAAGGUAGCUUGCUGGAGAAGUUAUCCUGAAACUAAACCAAGGAUCUCGUGACAAAAAAAGACAUCAUAGACACAAAGAACACGGAGAGGUGAAAAGCCGAAGAAAAUGUACAGCAUCUUCAUGGGCUCUCUUUCAUGCACAGUUAGACAAUUUUUGUGAUUUUACGGUUUGAUUCUUUCCUUUUAUUUUUAUUCUUUUAAGCCCCAUAAUUUUUUCUUGGGGUCUAGUUCUUCAGGAAACUGUUUUUUUUUUACAGUAUAGUUUCAAGCAUCUUCAUGGGCUCACUAUUUGUUAUUUGUAACAUGAGUGUGAAUGAGUGGGUUUUGUUUUAAGUUACGGCUAGUUUUCUUUUGGGGACUUGAUUGGUGAUUUUGAAUUUAUUGGGGUUGUUGUGUAAAUCAUGUAAGAUUUGUGGGUUGAAAGUUGAAACUUGUGCGUCUGCUC